AUGUUCAUAUCCGUCCUCGCACUUGUCACUUUUUCUCUAGCUUGUGCCGUCUAUAGGCGAUGGAGAAGAAUCUCAAUAUCUGAUGUCCCCGGACCAGAAUGCAGGUCGUUUUUAUACGGAAACUUACCUGAAUUCCUUGGAGGUCAAGCUGGCGAGACCGACUUCAAAUGGCGGGAUAGAUACGGAGAUGUAUUCAGGAUUCGGGCGCCGUUAGGCGAGGACCGCCUCUUCAUUGCUGACCCGAAAGCUAUUCAGUACAUCUAUCAUACAGCAAGUUACAGGUUCCCCAAACCUGAAGGAAGGCGGCAAAUUUCUCGCCUACUGUUCGGACCUGGCCUAUCUAACGUAGAUGGCGAUGUCCAUAGACGCCAGCGCAGAGUCAUGCUUCCCGGUUUUGGCGGUCCGGAAUCGAGAGCUUUUGUUCCGAUAUUUUCUCAGUGUGCCGAGAAGAUGUGCCGCAAAUGGGAGGAGGAAAUAGAACUGAGCACCGACCAAUCCGUCGUUUUGGACGUCACUUCCUGGAUAUCUAGGGCCACUUUGGACGCUAUUGGUUACGCCGCUUUUGAUUAUUCUUUUGGCGCCCUGGAUGACUCCGGUAACCAACUAACAAAGGCGUACUCCAAUUUAUUUUUUUACAUCUUUGGUAUACCAACAAAGGCCGCGAUUCUUGCCCUCUCGAUCAUGGAUCAUCUACCUCCUGCCGUCGUCGCUUUUCUGAUGUGGAAUUUUCCUGGACGUCUAUCCCACGCGAUGUUGUCCAACAAGCUCUCGACUGCCAUUGCGAAAGACCUCGUCAAGGAAAAAUCUGAGGCCCAACUCGAAGGAAAAGGCCGUAGAGAUGUCAUGAGCUUGUUGGUCAAAGCGAAUGCCUCUGAAAAUGCGGAAACCAGAUUGCCAGAGCGUGAACUACUGGCUCAGAUGAAUACAAUCAUUCUUGCAGGGCACGAGACGACAUCUAAUACGCUCUGUUUUGGUCUUUUGGAAUUUUGCAAGCAUCUAGAGAUACAGAAAAAGCUUCGUCGAGAAAUUCACUCCGCCGAGCAGGCCAUUCGCGAUAAUGGUCGUACCGAGUUCACAGCCUCAGAUCUGGAUUCGAUGCCGUAUCUUUCUGCUGUUGUCAAGGAAACACUCCGCUAUCAUGCUGUGGUGUACAAUGUUUUCAGGGUUUCCAGCCAGGACAAUGUUCUUCCCUUAAGCAAGCCGAUUACCACGAUAUCGGGCAAAGUUCUUCACGAGUUACCGAUACCGAAAGGCCUGCAGAUCGUUUCUUCUGUUGCAGCAUACAAUAGGAACAAAGAAAUCUUUGGUGACGACGCUGAUGUAUUCAAUCCCGAGAGGUGGUUGCGUGAGUACGUUCCCAAAACGACCGCGUCAUUGGGUGUAUACGGGAGCCUGCAAAUAUUGAAUAUUCAAUACAGGUUCACAUUCACUGGUGGCGCAAGGUCUUGCAUCGGUUGGAGAUUCGCUGUCCUGGAAAUGCACAUGUUCUUGAUCCAACUCGUUGGAUCCUUUGAGUUCUCGCUGGCUGAGGAUACGGAUAUCCGUCGAGAGGCUACAUUUGUUAUGACUCCUACAACGGAAGGCGAGAUUGAGAAAGGAUCUUUGUUGCGUUUGCAGAUCAAGGUCGCGCAGAGGGAGGAUUGA